UAUCUCCUACUUUGUGUAAAUCUACCCUAUGAAUGUCACCGAACUAUAGAAACAUGUUUGCAGAUUUAUAGAAUGCAAUAACAUGUAACAUGGUGCAAGAGGAGUAAGUUGACGCUGAACUGGUAAUAUAUUUUCGCUGAAAUGAAUGGCUUAUCAGAGGAUGACACGUCUGAUAGUAGCGAUGAACAUUUUAUUGAUUUAAAGAAAAGUAAUUCGAACUCUAGGGAAAGUCCUAAACCUAACGUAACUUCAUCCGACAGCGGUACCGAAGAUGAGAGUACCGGAGAUGUAGAUUUCAAUGACGUCGAUCAAGCAAGUAACAUUGAACUUUUCACUCAGGUUUUAAAGAAUUUAGAAUAUUCCCAGAAACUCGAGAUCAACGAUGAGAAAACCGAAAAAGAACCGUCCACUUCGAACUACCUCUUACCGCCAAAAAAUGAGGGAAAAAUACAGAAGCUGAAAACAGAACCACAAGAUACGUCUUUCAACGAGAUCACUGAACUUCUGCUUCAAGGUGAGAGUAGCACAGCAUCAGCUAGUAAAAAGAAACUUGUAAAUACUCCUGUAAAAACUGAAGACGCGGAAGCUCCUACCGAAUAUACCAUCCCAAAAGAUGGAGUUAAGAUUACUCUGCCUGGUACGAGCUUAGUGUUUAAUAAAAAGAAGAAGAAGGGAGGUCAAGAUAUAAAAGCAAUUUUAAGGAGACGCUUAAGAGCUAGUCAGAUAUUGGUAGAAAAAGUUGGAUUGCUAUGUUGGCUAGCCUAUGGAUUUCAUUUCAACAAACAGAUUAAUCAGCCUGAGAUAAUGGCAGCUGUAUUGUCUUUAAUUUCAACUUCCAAUUAUCCGAAGAAAAGAAUCGAUCUGGUAUAUUUAGAAAAGUUUACAAAAUGGUUUAAGCAUAUAUUCUCGUUUGAAGUUGUUGAAACCAAUGGUAAUAAAUGCAUAAAUAAGGAAUCAUUGUUGAAGGUAAUAGAGGAGAAGAAAAUUUCUGAUUAUAAGGAGCUAGUAUUGCUAUACAUUGUUGCAUUGAGAGCUCUAGGUUUAAAUUGUCGGUUAGUGAUCUCUCUUUGUCCACCACACAGAGUGUAUAGUGAUAGUCCAUUAUUCCAAAACGAUUCGAAAGGGCAGCAAACCAAAUCGAAAAGUAAAUCUAAUACAGGGAAAGAAGGGAGUUCAUCGAAGAAAGGUAAGAAAAGUGCGAAGAAAGAAACUGAUACUACAAAUGUAGUCCAAAAUAGCCCAGAAGCAAAGAAAAAUGCUAAUAUAGAAGCAAAAAGAAAAGCAGCUGAAAUUUUGCGUUCAAAACCCCAGAAAAGUACAAAGAAAAACAAAGAUUCCAAAACUAACAAUGAGGCAGCUACAACAUCAGGUAAUAAAAGUAAAGGUAGCAAAGAUGAAUCUGAAACUGUGGAACAAGGAAAAAGUGGGAUCAGUUUCAAACAAUUACGAUCUCGUAAGGUGAAUGCUGUUCCUAAAGAUAAAGCAAUAGCAGAAACUGAUGGUACAAAAUCAAAAUAUUAUAUAGAAGAGGAUUCCACUGAUUCUGAAACGGAAUUUCAACCUACCCCCAAACGUUCAAAAAAUAAUUCGAAUAAAAAGGAAGUAACAAAAACUGUUAAAAGCAAUAAGAGAAAUGUUACAAAGUUACUGUCUUCUGAUAGCGAAACUGAGGAACCAGAUAAAGCAAAAAAGUCACAGGACAUUUGGGCUGAAAUAUAUUUAGAAUCAGAGGAAAGCUGGAUCUGUGCGAGUGUGAUGGAUGAAAAGAUCCAUUGUGUCACAGAUAUAUAUAAAAGAGCAAAGAAGCCGGUAUUAUACAUAGUUGCUUGGAAUUCAGAGAAUUUAAUAAAAGAUGUGACUAGACGUUACUGUCCCCAAUGGCUGACAGUUACACGUAAACAACGCAUUGAUGAGAAAUGGUGGCUUGAAACUUUGUCCCAUUGGAAGGAAAAAGAUACUGCUAUUUCUAGAGCUGAAGACGAGAUGCUAUUACAGAAAGAAUUGGAGCAACCAUUGCCUAAAACGAUUGGUGAAUGCAAAGGACAUCCAUUGUACGUAAUUGCAAGGCAUUUACUUAAAUUCGAAGCACUAUAUCCACCGGACUGUGUACCAUUGGGACAUCUUAGCACAGGUGAUGCCAUUUACUCACGGCACUGUGUGCACACGCUUCGUUCAAGAGAAACGUGGUUGAAACAGGCCCGAGUUGUAAAACCGAAACAGGAGGCUUAUAAGAUAGUUAAGUCUCGUCCAAAAUAUGAUAAGCUUUCAAGAAUGGUAAUUAAAGAUUCGGCGUUAGAGUUAUUUGGUGAAUGGCAAACUACAGAAUAUGAACCACCUGAAGCGAAGGAUGGUAUUGUUCCGCGUAACGAGUACGGAAACGUAGAUUUGUUUAAACAAUCUAUGCUUCCAAAAGGCACGGUUCACGUAAAUCUUCCAGGUUUAAAUCGUAUUGCUCGAAAGCUUAAUAUAGAUUGCGCCCCAGCAGUGGUGGGUUUUAACUUUGGAUGUAUGGGCGCGGUACCAGCUAUCGAAGGAUACGUUGUUUGCUCAGAACACGAGGAUACGUUAAGAGAAGCUUGGGAAGAAGAGCAGGUCGAAGCUACUAAACGAGCUAAAGAGAAGCAAGAGAAAAGGGUUUACGGUAAUUGGAAGAAGUUAAUUCAUGGUUUACUAAUAAGAGAACGACUGGCGGCUAAAUACGAAUUUUCGAAGGAAGAGAAAUCGGUCGCAGCGAACAAACGACCAAAAACUAAAAGAACAGAUGUAAAGAAAGCUAAAGUUUCGUAAGUUUCAUAAGAAAUUCUUUCAAUUCUUAAUUUAUAUUUAAAUGAAAGAAAAAUGAUCUGAACGACACUAAACGGUUGCAAGACAACUUUACCUAGUAUUACAGAGUUAGACGAUUUACUAUAAGUUGUACAAAUUGUACAAAAUUGCGAUACACAUUGUCUGAAAAGGUAUACAUAUAUUGCAUGUUUGUGAUUGAAAGAAGCAUUAUCAUGUGAAGGAUUUGUAAUUUUUCUUUGGUAUUAUUGUUUCUAAUUUGUUUUUCAAUUGAGUGUAUGUGUAUGAAAAGAAUCUAAAAUUCUUACAAUUCUGUUGUUGAAUAAUUAUGAAUAUUCAACAUUAUUUACCUAAGAAACCAGCGAUUUUUGUAAAGCAAUAUUAAUAAAUUCGUAUAUUUUUAUA